CGUCACCUUUUUCUUUAGCACGGCCGCGCCUUUCCCUUGCCUUGCCCUUGCGUGUGCUCCAUGGCAUAGCGCCGCCCGCCGUGUCCUCCGCUUACCUCGCUCGCCGCGGCCGGCAUCCAGUUCGCCCGCUGCCGGCCACUCGUUCCUGCUCCCGCAGAGGCCACAAAGCUCCGGCCGCUCCCCCAGAAGCAACACAAUCAGGCACGCCGGUUUCCAGGUCAGUGGCCACCAUCCUCCGCGGCGCCGUCGACCCCUGACGCUGAGAGAGAAGGGCAGUCAAAAUGGCGGAGAAGAUACUGGUGAGUGCCUCGAUGGGAGUGAUGAACUCGCUUCUUGGAAAGCUGGCCACACUCAUGGGGGAAAAGUAUGCCAAGCUCAAGGAUGUGCGGAAACAGGUGGCAUUUCUCCAUGAGGAGCUCAGCAGCAUGGGCGCUCUCCUGGAAGAUCUUGCGGACAUGGAGGGGCUGGACAACCAAACCAAGCAGUGGAGGAACAAAGUGAGGGAGAUGUCGUACGACAUCGAGGACUGCCUCGAUGAGUUUAUGCACUUUGUUGGGGGUUCCAGCGAUGGUAAAGGGUUGUUGCGCCGUCUCAAGACGCUGAGGGCGCGCCAUCAGCUAGCCAGCAAAAUUCAGGAGCUCAAGGGUCGCGUGCAAGAGGCUAGUGCACGGCGCAUGAGGUACAGACUAGAUGACUGCAAGUCUAGAUCUGGUAACGUUGCUGUCGACCCUCGGAUGACUGCUCUUUACACGGAAUCAUCAAGACUUGUUGGCAUUGAUGGAUCAAAGGAAGAGGUUAUCAAUCUGUUGACGAAGCAGGUGGAUGAUGCGUCAGUGCAAAAGCUCAGGGUGGUAUCUAUUGUUGGGCUUGGAGGUCUAGGAAAGACUACACUUGCAAAUCAAGUUUACGGCAAGCUUGGGGAAAGCUUUGGUUGCAAGGCUUUUGUAUCAGUGUCUCAAAGACCUGACAUGGUGGUGCUUCUCAAGAGUUUGGUCACACAGAUUUUGGGGCCAGGGGUUGAUACUUACGAGUUGAAUGGGCUCAUAGAUAUCCUUAGAAAGUAUCUACAAGACAAAAGGUAUUUGGUUGUAGUUGAUGAUUUAUGGGAUGCAUCAGCAUGGGAAUUUAUAAAAUGUGCUUUCCCGGAGGGCCACCAUGGUAGCAAUGUGUUGACAACUACACGAAUUGAAAGGGUGGCUAUGACAUGUUGCAAUUUUCAGAGGAAAUUUGUUUACAGGAUGAAGCCUCUUGAUGACCAUAAUUCCAGGCAGUUGUUUUAUGGUAGAGUUUUUGGGUUGGAAAACACGUGUCCUCAGCCAUUUGAAGAACCAUCUGACAAAAUUUUACAAAAAUGUGGUGGCCUGCCACUAGCAAUCAUCAGUAUAGCUAGCCUUUUAGCUAGUCAAACGAACAGAUCAGUGAGCCAAUGGAACUGUGUCCUUAAUUCUCUACGCUCUGAUCUGAGGUCAAAUCCAAGUUUAGAAGGGAUGAGACAGAUACUAAACCUUAGUUACACUCAUCUUCCACAUCAUCUCAAGACAUGCUUAUUGUAUAUUGGUAUGUAUCCAGAGGAUCAUGAUAUUGAUAAGGAUCACCUAGUUAUGCAAUGGGUAGCUGAAGGUUUUGUCUGUGGAAUAGAUGGCAGAAAUGCGUUGGAAAUUGCAGGGAGCUAUUUCAAUGAAUUGGUUAAUAGGAGCAUGAUCAUCCAGCUUGUGGAACAUCAUGCUUGGAACAAGGAGCGUAUCUAUCAUAAAGUGCAUGAUAUGGUUCUGGAUAUAAUUGUGUCCAAAUCUGCAGAAGAGAAUUUUCUGGGCGUGGUAGAAAACCUGGAGACAAUCACCAGAAGACAGCAGUGCAAGACUCGCCGGCUCUCUCUGCAGCUUGAUGAGGCGGAACUUGAUAAAAUCGCACAUCGUGUGAGUCUACCACAUGUGCGAUCGGUGUUUAUUUUUGGGUUGCCUCAUUGCAGCAUUGGACUGUUGGAGCUGAAGUUUCUCCGAGUUCUGUUUGUUUGUGAGGUUGAUGGUUUGGACCUCACUCCAAUUGAAAAAUUGUCUCAACUGAGGUAUUUAUAUGUGAAGAGCUACCAUAGGUCGAGGAUGCAACUGCCUAGACAAAUUUGUGGGCUACAUCAUCUAGAGACAUUGGUUAUAGAUGGACAGUUGUCCCAUCUUCCACAUGAUAUUGUUCAUUUGCCUGCUUUGUCAUAUUUGAAGGUUUCUGUGAGCAUAGCUUAUCCUGACGGAAUCAGCAAGAUGAAAUCUCUUCAUACUCUGCAUUGGUUUGAUGCAAGCAAACAGUCAGUCGAUAAUUUAAUGGCUCUCGGGGAGUUGCUGAAUCUAAGGGAGUUGUACAUCGGUAUAACUGAUUACAACUUCCCCACUAUGGAAACACAUAAGGAUGCUCUGCUUUAUUCCAUCGAGAAGUUACUUAAUCACAAUCUGAGGCAUUUAAGUGUUUUCGCAUUAGAGCACACACUGACAGGCUUUUAUGAUCGGUGGAACUCUUUAUGCUUGCCUGACUGUCGUCUCGAGCAACUUCACCUGCAAUUUCCGUUUCCACGGUUACCUGUGUGGGUUGGUCAGCUCAGCACGCUCAGCAGCCUGGAAAUCCAUGUUGACGAGCUGUUCAAGGAUGAUGUUGCUGUUCUUGCAGGGUUACCUGUACUCGCCCAUCUUGUGCUAUGGGUGGGCUAUGUCCCUGAUGAAGGUAUUGUCUUCAGCAGCAGUGCAGCGUUCAGGGCUCUUGAAUACUUGGAAUCUCGUCGAGCGGGCCUCGCCUUCCACUUCCAAGCUGGAUCAAUGGCCAAGCUCGAGACCCUCAGGUUUCAAUUGGGUGUGCAUGAAGUGAAGACGUGUGGCGUCAGGCUUGCUGGCAUCGAGCAUUUGACAAAUCUGAAAAGAGUAGCUAUUGGUCUGGGCUUCUCUGGACAUAGAAGUGAAGAGUCAGACGUACCAACCGUUGAGGUUGCCAUAAGGAGCUUCUUCGAGGAGCAUCAUCCUGGAUGCCCCACCAUUCAUAUCACAAGUUAUCUAUAUACAUAUGAUGACUAAAUUGCACUUGUAUUGUAAAACUUCUUCACCAACAUAACAAAUUUGCAUUUGUGCAAUCCCAGGGUUUAUUUGUGCCCGCAUGACAUAAUAGCUGGAUUUGUACGAUUCUCCAUCCUAACAAAUCUUUGUGUCCCCAGGACAUAAUAGCUUUAUUUGGAAAAUAUGGACAUGUUUCUUUCCA